CUCAUUACUCCUUUCAAAACCUGCGUCGAUCUUUUUUUUCUUCUCAUUCUUUCGUUCGAGCAGUGGAUUGCAAAUUGUCUGCCUGCUCGCGCUUGCCCAUAAUACAUCUUUCAAUAUGCCUGACCUGAUGUUAUUCUGUGUCGCGGACGAAGCGAAACCCUUCAUCAGAAAAAUUCUGGCCUACUCAGACUACGCAAAAGGUGUCCCAGACCCAUGGUACCUCGUCGAAUCCAAAACGAACCCAAAAGACCCUUCCAUGUUCAAGAAAAAGGUAGAAACCGACAAUGAGCCAAUCAAAAGCGAGUUCAUUGGCGCUACUCCACAGGAAUGUCAAGAAUGGCUACUCCGAGAACAAGAUCAAGUAACGUUCAUGGAGAAAGAUAUCCUGUUCAUUGCAGACGCGCGGAGUGCUCGUGACGAGACUUUGCUCGCGCAAGUAUAUAGAAGAGAGCAGAUUGUUUAUGGAGUUGAUGAUGAGAAUGGGAAGAAGUUGCCGCCGACGCCGUAUACGUGGUGGAAUUAUAGGAUCAAGUUCGAGGAGGCGUGGGACUUGCAUAGUAUGUUGAACUAUGGACCUGCGAGCGCGGUUGAUCCUUUUGUGUAUGAGAGGAAGGAGGAGGCGGUGGAUGGGGAAGGGGUCUUUAGUGUCCAGAAGGCUGAGGAGUUGAUCUUUCAUUCCUGA